UCGAGCUGGUAUAUGAAAUGAACGACAUCAUGGAGCAAACGAACGAGAUCUGCCGUUCGGUGGGCAUCGCGCCAGAUAAUAAGGAUGAAUUCGACAAAGUUUAUUGGCUUCUCAUGAACUUGCGCCAGGUCAUCAACGACUCGGGAUACGCGAAAGAGUACGAGUAUGGCCAAUGGGAAGACCUGAUCAUUACGCAAGAAUCGGCGAAUCUUCAUUACUUCCCGACGAGAGAAUGCGGCCUUGUCAGUUUGAUCGACCUGAGUCUCUUGGAAACACCGUUGGACACACCGGAUCCAACAGGAAUGACACAGUUCCAGUAUAGAGACAUCAAGGAAAGACGUCUGCACGUGGCACAAUUUGUGUUACGCCAUGUAAAUCCGGCGUUGAGACUCCUCGCAGGAAGGGCUGCGUUAGGAUUGUUGGUCAAACCAGAUUCUCCGCCUGAUCACCGCGCCACGAUUCAGAAGAUUUUUGCAGCAAGGCUCGGCCAUUAUGAAUCGCAUCACCAGCUGCGAAAGAGCGCUCAAAGAGGUAUAGAGAUACCGCCAGCACUGACCGCGCAAGUUAUAAAGCUGGGAAUGCCUGUUAAGAACUUUAACUCCUCGGAAACGGCCAAGAGGCAGCUGAAGGACGUCCAGAGAGCAAUGAAUUUCGACGAAAGUCUGAGACGUCAAGCGAAAAUGCAUGCCCACCGAUGUGCGGAAAGAAUCAGAAUCACGAUGGGUACGAGAUUCAUCCAGCCAUCCGACUUCGUCUAUGAUUUCAUCCAAGAAAUCAGUGUAAAUAGAAGCAGCUACCGUCCAGAGCUUGCGAGACAGCCGCAGGAAAAUGAAAUGAAACGAAGAGGACGAAGAAACCAACAGCUGCAUUUGGACUAUGUCGAAUUGUGCAAAAGGUCACGGGAUAAUCCAUACGAUGAAGGAUUAAAAGCGCGAAUGGUCGACGCUCGAGAUCAUCUGAUCCGUAUUCAGCGCAGACGUGACCGAAAUCGGCACAGUGGUGCUAGCAGCCGGAGCGAAGGAGACGAGCUGCCUGAGAGGGAAAAGGAACCUCGAGAUCGAACGUCUGAUCAGAAUGAAAAACAAAGACGUUUCGAUCGGAACCGCGACAAUGGUUCCAAUGAUCAGUGAUGACCUUUAGGGCAUCGCUGAUGUGCUAGUUACGGCCAUCAGUCGGCAGCACGAGAAUGGUAUUGAAGAAUUUUGUUGCAGGGGAUCAAGGUGAUCUGCAGUAUGGGGAGUUACGGAGGUCAUCCGGCCCUCGAAGCAGGAAGAGUAACGGCGUUAACCGGCCUUCCUCAUUACAUUUAAACGUCACUUCUAGAGUGUAGUUGCGGCCUACUUAGUCGGCACACUCUUAAGGAAUGUCAGAAGCCACAAGGGUGAAAAAGAGAAAGAGUUCAA